CGGACGAACAACGUCGAAGCAAAAUAAUGGAAAAUCUGCCGAAUUUUCGUGAAAUAUGUGUGAAAAAUUACAAUGACGACGAGAAGUUGCCACGGGGCUUACUUUAUCGGUCUUCCCGACCUGAUUUUUUGACUGACACGGAAGUUUGCGAGCUACAGCGACUUGGAAUUCGGAGCGUCUUGGAUUUUAGAUCGCCAAAGGAGUACGCCAAGGCGGAUGGCCUCAAGCUAUUAGACGGGAUUUCUGCACUGUAUACUGUCAAAAUACCUCAUCGGGAAAAAUACCGACCACAAGAGGUUGUCAAGUGCAAACUGGUCACUAGGAAAAAUAAACGACAGAAGAAACCCUUAGAAGCGGAGGUCAGCUCAAAAGAUGUAAAGGUGGAAAAAGUGACAGAUAUUAAGAUAACCGGGGAAUCAAACGAUAUUCAACUCAAAGAAGUACCCAAUGAAGACGAAGUCGGUUCUGAAACCGAAGGCAGUGAAGUGGAGGAAGCAGAGUUCAAUCCUGAUACAUCAUCUAUGGACAAAGAAUCCCUGGAGAAAAGUCAGGCUAAUUCCUCAUCACCACCUCCCAUUAAGCACUAUCUGAUUGAUUUCUUUACUGGGAGAUUCAUUUGGUCAGUGUUUAGGCGUGCACCCUGGUAUAUUCAGCUUUACGCCUUUUUCUGGCUUUUAAUCGACUUCAUUUUAAGAACAGGUUACUUAUACUUUGUUCAAACUUUUGCGAAGUAUGUCCUGAAUAGGAAUGGUAUUCUCCAUCAGUAUAUGGACAUUGUGGAUCUGAGUCAGCGCAGUAUAUGUGCAGCCUUGAAGCUGUUAAGUGACAGUGAAAACAUUCCGGCUCUGAUAAACUGUGCUCAUGGGAAGGAUCGUACUGGCAUUGUAACUGCACUCGUGAUGCACUGCCUGGGCAAGUCAAGAGAGGAAAUAGCGGAGGAGUAUUCACGAUCAGAAGCUGGAUUACUACCUGUGAAGGAGAGGCUUUACAAAGAGAUGGUUGGCCGAUACCAUUUCAGCGAGCAGUUCAUGACUGCAGAGGCAGCUACAAUGCUGAAAUUACUGGACUACUUAAGUGAAAAAUAUGGGUCAGUAUCAAACUACCUGGAGUAUAUUGGAUUCAGCAGCAUUGAACAGGAACGGCUGAGGCGUAACCUUCUAUGUACUGAUUUGUAAGAGGCCAUCAACUUUCACUUUCACUCUCAUGUGAAACUUUUAACAAACACCAAGAGCAGUAAAAGCACAAGCGUUGGACUGAGUAUACAGAUGAAUGGUUGUAAGUUGCAGAUUUUCUGUCGUGUUGUAUGACUGGUUUUAAACUUCCAUGCCCAAGAGGUCUGUGUUCGGAUUUGUGUAUGAACCCAAAAUGGAGAUAGUUUUCAGUGCAUCAUGCCAGGUUAGAGGGUGAUGAGGCAUAAUUUCCUGGUUCCAAAGUCCUGGAAAGAUAAUUAGGAGUUUACUUUGUAACUUGCCAUGGCCCCAUUACGGUCUCGUCAGAGUGCAGGGUUGAUUUUUUGACAGCAUUAUUAGUAUAGAACAGCGUGUACCAUCGGCCACAAGAUAAUAUUUAUUGCUUGCAUUGGGUCAAAUUUUACAGUGUACUUACAUGUAUGUGAGGACUCAGUGCCAUUAAUCUUGUCAUGCAGUCAUACAUAGUACUUUUGGGUCAUACUGUACUCACGGUGUAGUUUUGGAAUAGAGUCAACUGUCCACUAAUUAGGGAUCAUUGCCCAGAAAGUAUUGUUGAUGUUCUUUGUAUGAAUGGUUAUUUCUUGUUACUUGUUCAACACAGUGCAUAUACAUCGAUUAUAGAGGUGCUCUCAGGAGUUCUUGUUACUUGUACAACAGUGUACAUCUCUUUUUGUAGUGCCUUCAGUAGUUCUUGUUACUUCUACAUCAUAGUAUAGUACUUCUAUCUUUUAGUACUGUCAGUAGUUCUUGUUACUUGUACAACAUAGUGUAUAUUUUUCUGUAGUCUUCUCAGCCGUUCUGGUUACUUGUACAAUAUUGUACAUACCCUUUAUGGUGCUCUCAGUAGUUCUUGUGACUUGUACAACAUUUUACAUACCCUUUUAUAGUGGUCUCCGUAGUUCUUGUUAUUUGUACAAUAUUGUAAUACCUUUUCAUAGUGUUCUCAGCCGUUCUUGUUACUUGUACAACAUUGUACAUACCCUUUAUAGUGCUCUCCAUAGUUCUUGUUAUUUGUACAACAUUGUGAUACCUUUUCAUAGUGCUCUCCAUAGUUCUUGUUAUUUGUACAACAAUGUACAUACCCUUUUAUAGUGCUCUCCAUAGUUCUUGUUAUUUGUACAACAUUUUACAUACCCUUUUAUAGUGCUCUCCAUAGUUCUUGUUAUUUGUACAACAUUGUACAUACCCUUUUAUAGUGCUCUCCAUAGUUCGUGUUAUUUGUGCAACAUUGUAAUACCUUUUCAUAGUGUUCUCAGCAGUUCUUGUUAUUUGUAUAACAUAGUACAUACUUUUUUAUAGUGCUCUCCAUAGUUGUUUGCUUAUGCAAACUUGUACAUCUACAACAUUGUGUAUCAUUUUUAUAGUGCCCAAGGUAGUUCUUCCACUUGUACAGCCUUAUACAUCUCUUGGUAGCUCUGUAUUUUUUAUUUGGAUUAAAUGUAUGUUGAGCCAUUUAACAACAGAAUCGAGGGCUUCUGUGGCCGAGGAAGUUAGCAUGCAAGCACCGCACAGUGACCCAGGAGCCUCUCACCAAUGUGGUCACUGUGAGUUCAAGUCCAGCUCAUGUAGGUAAACUGCGUAUGGUCGUGGUUUCCCCCCGUGCUCUACCCGGUUUCCUCCAACCAUAAUGCUGGCCGCCAUGGUAUGCGUGAAAUAAUUUCAGAUUAGAGAUUAUCAGCAGAGAUAAUUGGAGACUUGAGGACAAGCUACACAGACGGUCCAAAGAGCAGUAAAACACAUUGUUUUCUUCUGUGACUUUCAUUGCAUGUGUACUUUAUAUAUGUUUUAUGAGCACACGUACACAGAUAAUUGUGACGUGAUAAAGGAAAGAAUAAAUGAGUUCGCAGUUUUUGGACCAUCUUGAUACAGACGGGAAAGAGUUUUACGAGUUUCUCAUUGUUUUAAUAGUUGUUUUUUUUAUAACUUUGUUUUGUUGACCGUGUACAUGUAGUUAGUUUAAUACCACACUCAGGCAUUUUUCUGUUGUACAAACAGUCUCCAGUGUAGAGGAAGUCAUUCCAUCUGAGCAGUUACAUAUACCAGAUAUAAAGCUACAUCUAAUGUUUUACAACCUGAAUUCAAACAAGUAACUUUUCAGGCCCUCAUCUGUCUGUCUGUCUGUCUGUCUGUCUGUCUCUCUGACUCUCUGUGACUGCAUAUAAGAACACCCAGGCAAGUCUGGGGCACUUUAUCAUUGGGCUUUGUUAUCUAUAGCGCUUUCUAGUUUUAAACUUUGAACUGCUCAUUCAGUGAAGCAACCUCUAAGUUAUGAGACAGAUGGCAUGACACUUAUUAGUGUCUUCUCGAUGCACAAAAGAAAUUGGUUUAUUGUUAUGGAAUUGUGCAAUUUCCACUUUGUUUAAUAAUUUCCCUUCUGAUUUUAAUACAGCAUCUAUGUCAACAAGUUUGCCAGCAAUUUAUGCACAUAUAUAUACCUUUAUCUCUGUAAGUAACUGGUGCCUCCUUAACAGUAAUAGUGUGGAUUUCACAACAAAGCUACGAGCAUCGUCCCAUGGGAAAACACGGGGGGUGAAAUCAGGAUGAGUUGGUGGUCAUUUCUCUUCUCACCUGAAACUUAAGAGAUUUUUGUGCAUAGAGUUUGUUUGUGAUGUUAUAGCCGGAUAACAACGAUAGCUUGGCGACCAUCUUGGAGCACAAACAACAUUGACCAGUGUAGCAGCUACUGUAUACUCCAGUAUGGUUGAAGUGAGAUUGAUAGAUUUGCCAUGGAAAAUUACUUCCAUUUUAAAACUGUGUACAGGUAUACACAUGAUUUUAGGAAAAGCAAAUAAACUAUCAAUUUUUAAUGGAGAAGUUAUUUAUGACAGUGUUAUAAUGAUUAUGCUUUAUAAAACUGAUUAUACAAGUGAGCAAAUGAUACAUAUGUUUUACAUCGAGCCUUA